AUGGGUGUAAUUCUCGAUUGUUUUCGUGGUUCAAAUGCUGAACAAAAUCAUCAGUCAAAUAAUAUAGCUACACCAAAUAUGGAGGCUCGUCGAGAAGCAGCUGCUGAAGCAGCUAAUCGUCGUUUACAACAAAGUGAAACACGUGGUGUUGAUGAAAAUGAAUUACGUCGUAUGAAACAACGUCAAGCUGAACGAGAACGAAUUGAACAACAACACGCAAAAUUACCAAAACAAAAUUCUGAUGAUAAUGGUGGUCUUCGGUAUGUUUCACGUCCAUUUUGGCCAUAUGAAUAUGAACAUCGUUUAAAUCUACCAACCCAUAUGCCAUAUAAUUCGCCGACACGUGAACUAAGUCCAAUACAACUAUCACCUACGACUUUACGUGACAAUUCACAGUAUCCAUCUAUGCGUAUUAUAAGAAACAUUCCACGCAGUUAA